AUGCAACCAGAUAGACCGCGACUGUCUCUUGUCCUUACCCUUCUCUCAGGAUUUCUUCCAGAAGAUCUCUACGGUGCAUCAGAAUUAGAAGAAAUCUCCUUACCUUCUAAUAACAUUUCAGGAUCCAUCAGCAAUAGCAUUGUGAACCUUACCAAACUCAUCAACCUUGAGUUAUAUGACAAUGAAUUGAGUGGAAAGCUACCAAUGGAUAUGGGAAAGCUCUCCAAAUUGAAGCAUCUACUCCUCUAUACAAACUUCUUAACGGGUGCUCUGCCGCCAUCUCUAAUGAAUUGCACAAAUCUCGUGACCUUGAAUUUACGCCACAAUUUCUUUGGUGGAGAUAUCUCCACCCUAAACUUUUCUACUCUUCAUCAACUUACUAUACUCGACCUUUGGAAAAAUGAGUUUUCUGGCACUUUGCCAGUGAGCCUUUUUUCAUGCAAGUUCCUAAGAGCAAUCCGACUUGCCAGUAACAAACUCGGAGGACAAAUUCGACCAGAGAUUGUUCAAUUGAAGUUCUUAGUUUUCCUUUCACUCAGUUACAACACAUUAACCAACAUCACAGGAGCAGUCAAGAUUCUGGCACAUUGCAAGACUCUCAACGUACUCCUCCUUACUGGAAAUUUUCUGAACGAGGCCAUUCCAACAGAUGACAGCAUAGUUGGUUUCGAUGGAUUCAAAAGUCUCGAAUAUUUGGGUCUUACUCAUUGUAAGUUGACUGGUCAAAUACCCACAUGGCUAUCUAAGCUUAAGAACUUACAAGUCUUGGGUCUAAGCUUCAAUCGUAUCACAGGCUCAAUUCCUGGUUGGUUGUCGACUCUUUCGAGGCUCUUUCGUUUAAACUUAUCUGAUAAUCUGAUUUCAGGUGAAUUCCCAAAAGAAAUUUGUGCAUUGCCAACGUUAGUAUCAGACCAGGCUCCCAUAGACGAUAGUUCUUUGAUUUUAUCCAUUUUUGCCACAGUGAAUGGUACCUUUCUUGAGUUCAGUUCCCUCUCCAACUUGGGACCAUGGAUAUCCGUUGCAAACAACAAUCUUAGUGGCAACAUUCCCAUUGAGAUCGGUCGAUUGAAGCAGCUUCAUGGAUUGAAUUUUAGCCAUAACAACUUCAUAGGCAACAUUCCAGACCAAAUAUCAGAGCUUACAAACUUAGAAAGACUUGAUCUAUCUGGAAACCAAUUGUUUGGCGAAAUACCAGCAUCGCUAUCAAGGUUGCAUUUCUUGCAUCAGUUUAGUGUUGCAAACAAUAAUCUCCAUGGAGCUAUACCUUUAGGCACUCAACUCCAGAGCUUUGACGCCUCUGCAUAUGAAGGCAAUCCUCAACUUUGUGGUGCCCCUCUUCCCCAUGAGUGUGCCUCUAUUAUUGGUAACAACAACGACAUUCAAAAGGACAAAGAUGGACUUGGAUUUCGAUGGCUUCAUAUUAGCACGGUGCUUGGCUUCAUUACAGGAUUUUUGGGAAUAGUCAGAUCAGACCCAAUGGAGACAGAGGAAGCUGUUCUCCGAUUGCCUCCUUUCCCUGUUACCACUAUGCCAAAUCCCACCCCAAAAUGA